AUGUGUGAGCUUCUUAGCGAGGUCCGGGUGGGAACACAGAAGCAACGCAAAGAAACUCAUCUGUCUGAAGAGGCUUCACCUGUGAUACUUUCGCUUUUCUCACAUUUUCUGCUUGGAUCCCGUUCACCUCACACUCUCUCGCUCUCAGAGGCUUUCUCCUUGUGUUUUAAGGCCAUCCUCCAGCGCGUCACCGCCUCUGUCGCUCCUGGACGCGGAAAGUCCGUGCUCUAUUGA